UAAUAUAGAUUUAAUAAUAUUUAUAUAUUUUAACUUAUUUUAUUUUUAAAUAAUUUAACAUUAUUAAUUUUAUUAUAAUGAUUUUAAACCACAUAGAAAUCCACCAAAUUAUAUAUACGGGUGUGUGUGUCAAUAUAAAAUUGAUGUGUCAAAAAUAUAAACAUGAUUUUAAAAAUAACUUAGAUAUUUAAAAAAUAAUAUUUCUAGAAUAUUUAAAAUAUUAUUCCAAUUAAUAAAAUAAAUAUUAAAAAGCAAAUAAAUAUUUUAUUAUAAAUCUACUUCUCAUCAAAUAACUAAAAACACACACACAAAAUACUUUUAAUAAUAUAUAUCGACCAUAUAUAUUUGAGAAAUUCUAUAGAAGAGUUUUUUUAAAAACAAUUUGUCACAAAAAUAACCUUCAAUGAAAAAAUGACCAAACGAAAUUUUAUUAAAGAGUAAAAAUAUAUUUAUACCCUAGUGUUAACUAUUCUAAAUUUGGAGUUUAGAAUUAAAGAGUGAAGUUUUGAGAAUAAAGUUUCAAAAUUUUAAAAAUAAAAAAUAAAUAUUAAAAUUUUCAAAAAAAACUAUUUUGGUCAUUUUAUUUAUUGAGGAUGAUUUUUGUGACAAUUUUUAAAACAAUUAUUUGAGAGAAUUGUUUUAUAUAUUAUAUGAGAAUUGCUUUAUAUAUUUUAUCAAAAUUAAUUUAUGUUAGAACUAAAUUUAAAUCAAAUAACCAAUCUGGUAUAUUAAAAUUAAAAUUGUGACUGUCAUUUUUACAUGUUUUUUUGUUGAACACAGUCAUUUUUACAUGUAUACAGAAAAAAAAUAGUCAUUAUUACAUUUACCCAGUUAUAUAUUAUUGGGUCUUCGUAUUACAAGGCCCAAAUUAACUGACUAAAGGAGAAGAACUAUUGAAACAAACAGCGAUUCCCAAAAACGUGAAGAAGAUAAUCAAAAAAUGAGGAAUGUGAUGAUUCAUCAUCGAGUCUUCUUCUGCUGCACAAAGCCGCUCUCUAUCCUCCCCUCUCUCUCUCCUCCCCACCUCCAUCUCUCCUACUCCGCCGCCGCAGCCGCAGCUUCAUCUCCGAAUCGAGCGAUUCACUGCAUGGCCAACGAUGGUUCCGUCUCCGUCCCUCCUCCUUCCCCGGCUUCCUCCGCCAUCGAUUUCCUCUCCCUGUGCUCUCGCCUCAAGACAACUCCAAGAGCUGGAUGGGGUAAAAGAGAUGUUAAAAAUCCAGAAUCAAUAGCUGACCACAUGUAUCGGAUGGGUCUUAUGGCGCUUAUCUCUUCAGAUAUCCCCGGUGUAAACACAGACACAUGCAUUAAAAUGGCAAUUGUCCAUGACAUUGCAGAAGCCAUUGUAGGAGACAUUACACCUUCUUGUGGUAUCCCAAAAGAAGAGAAAAAUAGAAGAGAAAGCGAAGCACUCGAACACAUGUGCAAGCUCUUGGGUGGAGGAGAAAGGGCUGAAGAAAUCGCUGAGCUGUGGAGAGAAUAUGAAGCAAACGCAUCACCAGAAGCCAAAGUUGUUAAAGAUUUUGAUAAGCUUGAGUUGAUACUACAAGCUUUGGAAUAUGAACAGGAGCAAGGUAAAGAUCUAGAAGAGUUUUUCGAAUCAACCGCAGGGAAGUUCCAGACAGAUAUAGGCAAAGCUUGGGCGUUGGAGAUUGCUUCAAGAAGAAGAAAGCAACAAUAGUUAGUUAGUUAGUUCUCACUUGAGCUAAAUACUAUCUUCCUUCCAACUUUAAAUUGUUUCAAGAUGUUUAAUGUGGAUCUACAACAUAAGGGCAUCUAUGUAGGCUACAUUCUUUGAAGGAGAAAUCCGGAUAAGUCAUGUUCAGAUCAAUCAGAAUUUCCUCA